AUGACGAAUCUACAUAUUCCAAACAAAAAACAUAGUCCAAAGGGUAAUCAUCUAAAUGUAAAUACUGGUAGCAUUGGAGGGUAAGCAGCAUCACCAAAGACUUCAGAGUAUCAUCCCAAGAAUUUUAUGCUACCAACAGUUUUAAAAAAGAGUAUUGUAAAUAAAUGA